UGACUAUAAAAAGAAAAGUCAAGUGAAACAAACUGUCUUCUUGAAGGCUGCCUUUCUUGUCCACAGAAGAUUAGACGCUGGAAGAAAAUGGCUCAGCACCGCCUGUGGAUCUUGCUGCUUUGCGUGCAAACCUGGCCACAAGCAACUGGAAAAGAAACAGACAUCCUCGUGGUGAAUGGGACUCUUGGAGAGUCAGUUACUUUCCCCAUAAAUAUCCAAGAACCACAAAAAGUUAUCAACAUUGCUUGGACUUCCAAAACGUCUGUUGCUUUUGUGCAACCAGGAGACGCAGGAAUAGCACCUAAAGUUACUGUGACUCACAGAAAUUAUUAUGAGAGAUUAAAUGUCUCAGGUCAGAACUACAACCUGGUGAUCAGCAAUCUGAGGAUGGAAGAUGCAGGGUUCUACCAAGCAGACAUAAAUAUACGAUCCUCUGCCAACACCAUCACCAAGAACUACAACCUUCAAGUCUACCGUCGGCUUGGGAAGCCAAAAAUUACACAGAGUUUAAUGACAUCUAUGAACAGCUCCUGUAAUGUCACACUGACCUGCUCUGUGGAGAAAGAAGAAAAGGAUGUGACAUACAAAUGGAGUCCCCUGGGAGAAGAGGGUAAUGUCCUUAGAAUCUUCCAGACCUCUGAGGACCAAGAGUUGACUUACACUUGUACAGCCUGGAAUCCUGUCAGCAACAACUCUGACUCCAUCUCCGCCCAGCAGCUCUGUACAGAAACCGCAAUGAGCCUUCGUACUUACCACACUGGGUUGCUGAGUGUGCUGGCUGUGUCCCUUUUGCUUGUUCUCAUUCUAUCUCCAGUGCUUUUGCUCCAUUUGUACAAGAGAAGACAAGGUUCCUCCUUGAAGCCCUCCAAUAACAGCUCUGAUGCUGUUUCAAAGAAAAUCGUGUAUGAACAAAUCACGGUUCCAAGAGACACCCAGCCAGGAGAGACCAGAAUCUAUGAUGAAAUCUCCCAGCCCAAGGUGCCUCCCUCCAAAGAAGAGACAGUGAACACGAUUUAUUCCAUAGUGCAGUGCUCUGAUAAGAUGGGGAAAAGCAGCACAUGUGACAGAAAACCUCUUGGGACUUCAAACUAUGAAGUUGUGAUCUAGGCUCCAGGCAGCGUUUUCUCUCCAGAAACUGAACUACAACCAACUCUACUGGCAGGUGUCCUGGACCCAGAUCCUCUGCCCAGGUCUUACUGGAAGAUUGCAAAUCCCCACAUUCCAACAUGCAAGCGAAGCAGGAAACCCUCUGUAGCUGGGCGUAACUUGUGCCUAGAUGGACAAAUGGGCUGGCACCCUUUCUAAGACGGCUCCCUUCUGGAUGAAUGACAAGGCAGAUUCCCUAGCACAGUACUUCCCAACCUUCUUCACUUCGUAGCACACAUAGAAAAUAAUCUUUUUAUGGCACACUAGGGUAAACAAUCAAGACUGCUUAUGAUGUAUGUAGACUGCACAUGCCUGGAGGCUUCUUGUGACUGGAGCUGACGACCCUGCUCAGCAACCCUGUGGGUGGAGGUGAUCUAUAUUUUGCACACCUAUAAUAUACCAUGGCACACCAUCUGGGAAACUGCUCACACUGUGUGAGGAGCCCUGAUGUAUGGUCUCCACUAGUCCACACAGCAGCUUAAGCAAAUUAGGAAAUGGCACCCUUCCACUGGGGCAGAGGCAGCUCCACACCCAAGUGAAUGGCUUGGCAAGCAGAAUGGGUGCUGUAUGUCAGCUCUCCAAGCCCCUUUGCCCAGGAACGCUUGUGCUCAACCAACCCAACUACACGUGAUGGCAUGGCUGUAACAGUUGUGGAUCUCAGCCGUGCAGAGACACUCUCCAAAUGAGAAAUCUCUUUCUGUAGGGACUGUACUGCUGCAGCACUUUUCUCCAGGCUCUUCUUCAGAAGCCAAGUAAGGUUUUCUUUCUGGCCAAAGUCUCCUUCUGUGUCAUUCCAAGCAGCCUCAGCAAGAAGUAGAAGCCUUACCCAGUUCCCCUACUCUUCACAAGAAAUUGAGAAGCACUUCAAGGCAGUUUAGGGGAACUAGGUUGUUUUUUAGGUAUAACCCAGCCAUCAAAACAAGAGACGUUGAAGGAAGCAGUCAUUCCACAGAGAGAACUUGGAAGAUUAUGGUGUGGAUGAUGAAACUACCAGGGUUUAUUCUAUUUCCUAAGGCUCAGCCCAGAGAGCCAUAAGGCUCAAGCUGAGAUUGGGUGUCCCCACCCCUGCAACACCCACAAAAACACAACCAGCCUUACACAGACGUUAACUUCUGGUUACCAGCACUGGGAAGGGAUCACCCACAGCUGAACAGGACAUUCACAUGGUCAUUUGCGGAAUUAACUCCCUUAAGUGUUAUCAAAUAUAACCAGCUAAAUCCUAAACUCCCUUGAACAAUUCCAGGCUAAACAGCAGAAAUAAGCUGCAUUGAGGCAAAAUGAAGGUAUGGACCCAUAGAACCAUCUAGCACCAACUGCCAUUAACACUGUGUUAAGGCCUCAGGCCCCAAAGUGUAAGAUGGAUAUAAUGUCUGCCUUUGUCUACCUGUGGAGGCAAUUCCAGUAUAGACACUACAGUUAAAUCCCAAACUGCAUGCUGCAAGGAGAGUCAUGAGCUAGAGCAGUCAGAAGACAUCUUGUGGGGGAGGCAGGGCUGAAGGUGGGCCUUGAAGGAUAAAUAGAAUUUGGACAGAGAAUGAGGAAGGCAGAGGCAUUCAAGAGAGGGAAGCAUGAAAAAAACUAGCAGAGGCCUGGAUCUGUGUGGUAUACCUAGGGCACCUCCCAAACAUGCCAUACGUGUUGACAGUCCUUUGCCUAUGCAUGGCAUAGUACCUGAACUGGAAUAUGCACCCCCCAAACCCUGUCCAUUUGUACAUCCUUCAAUGCCCAGCUCAGAUGUCACCUCCUCUAUGAACCUUUCCCUGGUAUCACCAGUCAAAAUUAAUCAUGACUCUGUACUCAUUUUUUUUCCCAGCCCUUCCAUCACUGGAAACCCUGGUGGCAUAGUGGUUAAGUGCUAUGGCUGCUAACCAAAAGGUCAACAGCUCAAAUCCACGAGGCACUGCUUAGAAACUCUGUGGGACAGUUCUACUCUUACGGGGUUGCUAUGAGUCAGAAUCGACUCUACAGCAAUGGGUUUGGUUUUUGUUUUGUUUUGUUUUUUCCCAUCAGUGUAACUCAUUGUGUCUUACAGUAUAGAUUAUUAUUUGUUUCCGACACUACUUUGUAAAUUACUUGAUGGCAAGAUCCAUGACUUAUUCCUAUCUUUAUUCACCUCUGCAUCCACCAUAGCAUCUUGUACCCAGUUUGUGAGCAAUAAACUGUUAGAAGCAGAAGUAGAAAGAAGCCGAUAAACAUUUGUUGUCGUUAGUUGCCAUCGAGCUGGUUCCAACUCAUGGCCUUAUGUAUAACAGAAUGCAAUGCUGUCCGGUCCUGUGCCAUCUUCAUGAUCUAUACGUUUCAGUCUUGUCGAGGUUAUUGUAUCAAUUCAUCUCAUUGAGGGUUUUCCUUGUUUUGGCUGACCCUUUACCAAACAUGAUGUCUUUCAGGAUGUUGUAUCAAAACUAAGCAAGACAAAGCCUCACUAUCCUUGCUUCUAAGGAGCAUUCCAGUUGUAUUUCUUCUAAGACUGAUUUGUUUGUUCUUCUGGCAGUUCAUGGUAGACUCAGUAUUGUUCCUCAGCGUCACAUAAUGAAGUCAAAUUAUAGUAAGCAUUAAAUAUCAAGAUGUAGGCUUCAGAGCCUGUUCUCAUGAAAGGGCAUAUUGGACAGAAAAGACACCCAGUUAGAAAGGCCAACUAAGAGGUCAACUAAAGCAAUGAACCAUGUGUGAGGAGGUGAAAGGCAGAUGUCCUGGGGAGGGGCAGGAAGGAAGGAAUAAAGAGACUUGGACAUAAAGGAUGGAAAAGUUCCAAAGUGAUACUGAACGGGCCGAGUUUCCCUAGAAAUAAAAUCACUCCUCACCCUGCAGAUGAGUUGGGGAAUCACUCUGCAACAUCCUUGCCUCUCGCUGAUGAGCUCAUUCAGUCAAAUCCUUAGUGUCCUAAGGCCCCAGUGGAGUCCCUGGGUGGUACAAAUAGUUAACAGCUGCUAACUGAAAGGUUGGAGGUUCAAGUCAACCCAGAGGCACCUCAGAAGAAAGGCCAAAAAACUCAGCCAUUGAAAACCCUAUGGAGCAUAGUUCUACUCUGACACACAUGAGUUUGCCAUGAGUUGGAGUCAGCUUGACAGCAACUGGUGUGUGUGUGAAGUAAUGUCCCAGUAUGUAGCACCAAAAAUAAUAAUAAUAAUAAUGAAUCCGGAGCAAGAGUUUCUUAGGGCUUCCAGGAGAGUGAAAUUGGAUUAAGCCGGUGCCAAGGAAUUCUGAAGGUGGCUUCGAGGGUUCAGGACCGCCCUGCUCUUAUGUAUUGCUUCUUUCCUGUGAAUCUUCUGAUUUAUGAAGACGUGAGCUAUUUACCCCAUUCACUAGGUAUCAGUUCUCAGGUUCUUUUUCUGUAAAAUGAGUGUAAUCUUGUUUUCCCCUUCAUAACUUUCCAGACUAACUAGAGUGUGGCCAGCAGUACUAUAAAACCAAAAUACUCUUUCAAGGAAACAGGAUCUUGUACCAGACCAAGAUGUUCCAGCUGUUAAAAUGUGCGUGCAACAAAAUUGAAAUCCCAGGGCAAUCCUCUCAUGGAAAGCACCAGUAAACCAGGACAAUCCUUCCUCUGCCUUCAAGUUACCACUGGCUUCAGACAAGUCAUUCAGCCUCUCAGUGCUUCCUUAGCGGGGAACUGAGAAAAUGAGAAUUGUUGCAGCAAAUAGCCCUCAGGAGAAGAAACUGCGGCUGGCUGAAAAUACGAUUUUUUUUUUUAAUCUCUAAAACACUGUAAGCUACAAGAGUUUAUAAGUCACAAGACAAAGCUUGGCUGGGCCAUCUCUGGAAACUGGGCUUAGGUAAGAACGAGCCUGGUGGGUCUGGGCUGAGUCAACUGUGAGCACCUCUUAGGUUCCACCUGGAAAAAAGCAACGGCUGGGAUAUAUACCCUGUGGUUAAGUGCUAUAUAUACCAAGAGUUCAAAUCCGCCAAGCGCUCCUUGGAAACUCUAUAGGGCAGUUCUACUCUGUCUUAUGAGUCGGAAUCGACUCAACGGCAGUGGGUUGGGAUAUAUCUUCUUCCAGAUCCACUGCUUUUCUUCCCUGAGUUUUCCCUGAAUUCCUCUGGAUUUUAUAAUUUUCUUAAGAGUAAUUAGCGACAAUCUCCACUAGUUGUAAGGUGAACCUGGAAAAAACAAAAGCCGCAGGAAGAAGUGUAAUGAGCUGUCCCAAACACAGGCUCUGUUGUUAGAAUGCCUGGUUCUGAAUCCUGGUUUAGUAGUUAUGUAACCUUGGCCAAGUUAUUUUAACCUCUGGGUGCCUCAGUUUGCCCAUCUGUAAAAUAGCACUAAUAAUAGUUUCCACCUUGUAGGGUUAAUGUGGGGAUUAUGAGAGGUGCAAGAAUAUGCCUGCACGUGGCAGUGCCUUCAGUCAAUGCUAGCUAUCCAAGCUAUUCUGAUAGGUCUGAAACCUUCGUAAGAUGCUAAUCCAAACUUAUGAAAUAAGCUUCUUGCAAUAGAUGUGCAGCUGAUACGAUGCUAUAUUAAUGCUGUAUAUACCCAACUUUUAACUCUCAGUCCUCCUAAAUUCAGAUCUAUUUUGUUAUAUGCAAUGUCUGGGACCCUGUAUUAUUUCACUCACUCUAAUUACACUCUAAUUAUCUGAUGCUCUACCUGUCUCUCCAACUAGACUGAGAGAGCGAGGCUGUGUUUGAAUAUUAAUAAUCAUUAAAAUGGCGAGCUCUUCAAGGGCAAGGAGCCUGUAAUAAUUAGAGUUGAAUUUCUGUGCCAAAUUAAUAACUAAUUUAGAGUUUACUUACUAGAUGCUUUAUACAGUACUGUCCACACUCCCAACAACCCUGUAAGGUAAAAAUUAAUUCUUCUAUGUCCAUGAAGACUAAGAGAAUAAAUAUCUUACUUACCAAAGCCAGAACAUUGGGAAGAUAGGACUUGAACUCAAGACCAUCGUCACCAAGGGCCAUGCACUUACACUUUGCCACACCGCCUCCCUUUACCUGUUGUAGAUUCCCAGCACCUGGCAUUUUGUCCCAGGUGUGUAGCACUUUACUCAACGCAUAAUAGGUGGGUCACAAAUGUCUGUUGCAUAAAUAGGUGUGUAUAAUAAUAUUUUAAAGGCACUAAAUAUUGAUCCUGUUGUCAUCUGAGUAACCACUCAACUUUCCUGUUGGAAAUAUCUAUUAAAGAAGAUUGGAUAGAGCCCUCUGUCUGCAUUUUGAGAGAGCUGGUUCUAUAGCAAGCAAGAGAUCCUGUUCAUCAGCACUUCUGAUGAGUUGUUACAAAACGAGAGAAAUACAGUGUGAAUUCUGACUACUAACAUCACAGGAAGAGUAGGAUAGGAAGAAAGGGUAUGAAUUUGGGGAAUUCUGCUGCACUGUUUCUGAUGCUUCAAAAUCAGCUGUGUACCUUGAGAUUUUAAUGAGCCCCUGGCCAAGUGUCCUCCCUUGGUUGUUGUUCAAAACAUAUGAAAAGACCAUUAGCUAGAAUCCUCAACUCUGAUUUGAGGAAAUAAAAUAAUGAUCAGUACAUUCUCUAAAGACGUGCUGACUUUGGGAAAUUUACUUUGAGAAUUUAUAAGGGAACAUAAUUAGCCACUCUUCGGAUGAUAAGUAUUAACUCUCGCUGGCUGAUUGCCCAGACAGUUCUGAACACCCCUACUCAAGUUUAUGGGUUUGGACUGUACCAACUAUAUGAUCAGAAAAUGGCCAUAUCUUUGCAAAUGAGAAAUACAGGUUUUUCUCUUGAGGUCUUACUGUAGGCAAAUAACUACAUAAGUUAUCUGUCAGGGAAUUUUUUAAAUGCAUAUAAUCUCAACCAUUUCAUUUAUAACCAAUAUUUCCAACAGUUAAUAGGCCAUCUCCCCCUGAAUGUUAAAAGUCACCUCAAACUCAGUGGGCUCAAAAUUGAACUUAUGGGUCUCUCCAUGAUCACCAUCACCACCCCACCAAACAUGCUUUCCUUCUGUUUCCCCAUCCUAGUUAAUGAUCUGCAAUAAUAGUAAUAGCUAAUAGUUAUUGAGUGCUUGUUAUGUACCAAUCUCUGUCCUAAAGUUUCAAAUGUACUAACUCACCUAAAACCCAAAAGAAAUUCAUUAAAACCCAUCUCCCUCUGAAAUAGAUACUAUCAUCUUCCAGUUUACAAAUUAAGAAACUGAGUCACAAAAAGGCUAAGUAAGUCAUCCAAGUAAAUAGAAAAGCCAGGGUUCAACCCAAGGACUUCCAACUCCAGGGGCUGUGUGCUGAAUUGCUACUCUAGGGUCCCUCACUAGUUGGCAUCUACCCAAGCUCCUCCCUCUUUCUUACCUGUCACCCUAACGUCCCCCUAUAUCCAAUCCCGUUCCCGUCUAGUCAAUUCUAACUCAUAGCAACCCUAUAGGACAGAGUAGAAUUGCCCCAUACAGUUUCCAAGGAGUGCCUGGUGGAUUUGAACUGUGACCUUUUGGUUGGCAGCCAUAGCUCUUAACCACUAUGCUACCAGGGUUUCCAUAUCCACAUCCAAUCAGUCAUUAAAAAAAAAAAAAACAGAAAACAUUGCCGUUGCAUCAGUUCUGACUCAUGGA